AUGGUAUAUUUCUCUGGUAAAGUUACUAACAUAUGGGAGCAAAUUUUAUGUGUGCAGGGAUCGUCAGAUGGGCCAGAACAAUAUGUUGCAAUCAUGAAUUCAAUAUUCUCAGCACAGCGUUCAAUGGUUCCUAUAGAUUCUUGUUAUAUAGGUUCUAACAAUUCUGCCUUCCUACAGCAGGCUUCUUACAUAACUGGUGGUGUGUAUCAGAAACCCCAGCAACUGGAUGGGCUCUUUCAAUACCUCUCGGAGUUUGAGAGGGGACAGGAGAAUUUCUAUGGCUUUUGGACAUCAUGCAGGUCAGUAUUUGGUCAGGCUCAGUCAGAUGUUACCUCAGCUUCCAAUCUUAAGCGAAAGACUCCAGAAACAUAA